GGGUCUCUCCUCCCGGCACACCGCGGGAACCUGCACAGCACCCCGGGAUUAGGACUAAUGAACCGGAUUGAGUAAUCUGCAGGAGCGCGCGGUGCGCACUGACUCAUUGUCUCGCUGAGGGAUUUUAUUCUACACCUUUUGACUGGAGACGAUGUCUGUCCGGGGAUACUUUUUCGCUCUUUCAAAACGCACAUUUCUUCUUUCUCUGAGGAUGUUGCUUCUUGUGCCUGCAGGGUUGCCGGUCCACAGCCAAGGGGACUCUCAUUCCGACAACAAAGUGAUGGACAACAUCACGGUCCGGCAGGGAGAGACCGUCUUCCUCAGGUGUGGACAGGGGGACGUGGUCACACACACAGCCUGGCUGAACCGCUCCAGCAUAUUGUACGCAGGAGAAGACAAAUGGUCGGUGGAUUCCAGAGUGAGUCUGGUGACCCUUAAUCAAGAGGAGUUUACCAUCAAGAUUGAAAACGUGGACAUGACGGAUGAGGGCCAGUAUGUGUGUGCGGUGCAGACCAGCAGCCGGCCCAGAACCACCUCUGUGCACAUCCUCGUGCAAGUACCACCAAAAAUCAUCAACCUGUCAAAACAUAUUGUGGUAAAUGAAGGCUCCAACGUCACCCUGAUGUGCCAAGCCAGCGGGAAACCAGAGCCCUCCAUCAGCUGGAAGCUCAUCUCGUCCUCAGGGGACCUGGGAUCAGACGAUGAUUACCUGGAAAUCCCAUCCAUCUCCAGACAGAGGGCGGGGACGUAUGAAUGCACAGCCGUCAACGAUAUCGACACAGACGUCCAGACUGUGGACAUAACUGUCAACUAUGUUCCAGCUGUGUCAGAGGGCAGAGACGUGGGGGUGACUCUGGGCCAGCGGGGGGUUCUGGAGUGUGAGGCGGACGCUGUGCCCGAGCCAGAGUUUGAGUGGUACAAAGAGGACAGAAGGAUCUACACUGGCAUUGACGGCAUGGAGAUCUUGAACACUGGAUCGUUGUCCAAGCUGACUUUUUUUAACGUGUCUGAUGCAGAUUACGGCAACUACACUUGUGUCGCCACCAACAAACUUGGGAGCUCAAACACAAGCUUCCUUAUGUAUGUGGUAAUUGAACCCACUAGCUCAACGCUAUUGCAAGGACCGAGAGCAGUGCAGGACGGCAGCGGGGGUGCGGCAGGACUCCACCUACACACCUGCCUGCUGGGCCUGGUGUUCCUGCCCUUCCUGCUCAGAUUUUGAAGAGGAAUGGAAUUGAACACAAGUAUUUUGUUAUGUGUGUGUGUGUGUGUGUGUGUGUUUUUCUUUCAUUUUUCAAACGGAACCAUGAACUGAUGCACAUGCAAUAUCCUGCUAAUGUUGACCCAGUUACAAAAGUUUCUGUUUUUUUCAAGGAUGUAACAAAUGUUUGAGAUUUUAAUUUAACCGUGUUGGAAAUGUUCCCUCUAAACUUUAUUAUUCUGGAUUAUUUUUACAUAUAUGUCUGGGAGAAAAGAAAGGGAUUUUUUAAUUGUGUUUUUUUCUUGUUCAAAUGGAUUUGUCUUAAUUUCAACUGCAUUGCAUAUUCAUCUUAACUCCGGGAAAAGGCACAUUUACAGCAGGAAUGAGAGGUGAAUGUUAAAUACCUCAAAGUCAAACUGAGACAGUGAAGCAGAAGGAAUCUAGGUUACCCUGAGGCGGAAAGCCUGCUAUUCUUAUAUUUUAAUGUAUAAUAAUUAACAUUCAGUCUGGUUGUUGAAACAGAAUUGUUUUUGACCUUCAAGUGUUUUUGUUCUCAGCAUUAUAGUGAUAUACUUGCAGUUGUGUUAUUCUAAUCUUUUAAUUUAAUUCAAUGAUGUUGAGUUUUAAAUAUUUUUGAGAAGGGAAAAUAUGAAGUUGUAAUUAUUUAGGAGAAAUAUCCUAGUUAUAUGUCUGUUUUCUUUUUCUUUUCCAGUACAGUUGUACACACAAAUGGUGAUGAAUAAUUAUGUGAUAAUUAUGUAGUUAAAAAUGGAGAAAGAUUUCACUCCACUUGUGUGGAGUCGACGUCUUAUUUACAUGAUGCAAAUGUAUUAAUGAUGUUGCUACUUGUUUGAACAUAAUGUCAUUUCCACACUACACAGUUAUUUAAAAAUGUUUUCCUGUUUAUGAUCCAAACCAGCAAUGUAGGGUCUGUGAGAUCAUGUUAUAGAAAAUAAAACACUUUUUGCAUGUAUUUAGACACCAAUAACCCAAAGACUUUAGCGGUUCACACAGCACCAUAAUUCCUAGGAGUUACGUUUUAUAUUCACAACAUCAAACAAAACACACAGACACGUAUCCCAUAUUUGUCUUUUCACAAACAAGAGGGUAAACACAUUGUGUUUUAAUAUAGUUUAAACAUGGGGUCAUUUUGGAAAUCUCAAAUGAUAGAUAAAUAUAAACCAAAAUCUAUAGCGUGUGGUUUCUGAUUGAAGCUUAUUUGCAUCUGCACCUGGCAUUUCAAGUUCUUUUUAAGAAGAAAAAUAAAAUAAUUGCGGGCCUGCUGCACUGUAGUGAGCCACUUGUUAUAACCAAGAUUGAUCUGAGUGAAAACUGUAACUGAAAAAAGAGGAUAUGUGAUCAAACGAGAAACAUAUCUCAUAUUAUAAUGUUUUAUUAUGGAGGGUCAGCAGGCAGCGGGCAGAGGACAGACCUCCGGAAACGUUUUUGUUGUGAGCAUGAGGAUUUUAUGCAACAAUCAAGAACCUCUCACGACACAGCAGCAAGAAGUACAGCCAGUGAUUUAUCUUUUCCACUUCUCUUUUGUUUGCUAACAAUACAAUUGAGAUGCACUCAUGUUCCUCCCAGCAGUGGAAAAGAGCCUGACAACAACAUCAAAGCAAGAUUUUGGUGCAAGGCCACUGGUUUCUUGCAGCUGCCAUUGGUGGUUGUGCUUUCUGUAAGAGCUGCACUCCAUGUCAUUGAACCGUGUGCAGGAGUAAAUGAUUGGUAAGAUUCCUUUAUCACAACAUCCAACACGAUGGCAAAUGAUGCGCUUAUUAAGAAUCCACAGCUCUCACUGAGUUUUUCACAUUUCUUUUUUUUUAUCAAUACAAGACACUGAGCAGACUCAAAAGGAGGAGAGAGGGAUUGAAACAUUUACCUUUCCCUCCGGUUUUCCCUGGAUUCCCUCAGCUCCGGUGCGCCCCUCUGAUUUGCUUUAAACGGACUCCUGCGGAUGGCACGGUUUGUUUGCUUGUUUUGAAACAAAGCCAAUAUCCAAAUGAAAAAGGCAUGAAGCAGGGUCGUUACUGAAUCUGAUCAAGGUGAUCACCUGCUGAAUCCGACAGGUUAAUCACGUUUGUUUUCACACACAAGACAAUGAUAUGCUUAUUAUUCCAUCUGGGCCUCGCUGAUGUCAGGUUUAUUUUCCCCAAUAGUAACCACAUUUAAGACAAACUGCACCGAAAAGACUGAAAACAUUGACAUAUUACACAUAGCUGUAUUAGGUCAGUUGAAAGCAAUAUUAUUAAGUUGAACCUAACAUUUUGUAUUUAAACUUAAUAGUAUUGCUUUUACACAACCCAAUACAAUUAUGUGUCAUUUGUUGACAUAAUGCAUUUAAUUAAAGUCGUCGUUUCAGUUUUUUCAGUGUGGCGUCAGACCGCCUCACAAGGAGGUGUGUGUCGGGAUGCCUUCA